AUGAUUGCACAAGAAUCCACACUCACUCUUAAACCAUCCUCACGUCGAUCCCGAACUAAACUCCGUAAACCCAGAUUCCUCCGUCUCCACCUCAUCUCCGCCGCACCACCACCAAUGCCCACCACCACCAACCACCACAAACAACUCAUCAAUCUUUUCCCACUUCACCCUGAAAACCUAGUGGAUGAUCAACAAGACAAACUAGACGAAGAGCAUAACAUGGCUUGCAUAUUCUCCUCUUGCGAUGACGACGGAGCUGCCACCACCCUCACCGGAAUUCUCCGCUCCGACGAAGAGGAAGAAUACACCAACAACCCAUCUCCGUCGUCGGUUAACUACGCAGACGAGGAGGUGGAGCUUGUACGGACGGCGAUGAGGAGGAAUAAAACGGAAAGGGACGAUGAUGAUUUGAAAUGGGUUUGUUAUUCGGAGGUUGUCAAGGAGAAGAAGAAGGUGAUGAUUAGAGGGUUGUCAGCAUCAUCAUCAUCAUCAACAUCAUCAUACCAUCAUCGUCAUCAUGAUCAUGAUCAUCGGAAUAAAUUGGUUUUGAAACUUGAUUAUGAAAAGAUUAUGAAUUCAUGGGUGAAUAAGGGCCCACUUUAUAUCCAUAACAAUAAUCCGGAUAUCCAAACCGUACCCGAACUCCAAGAAGAUGACUUCUUUCUAUCCUCUUCCACCAUUCCUCCUCUUAAUUGUGAACGAGAAAAUGGCGGCAAUGAAGGGUCGUGGACAGUUCCUGAAAUACCAGGUACUGAGAAUAAUGACACUGAUGGAGGAGAUGACACAAUGCAGGCAAUCGGGUCGAACGAAAUGAUUCAUCGUAGAGAAGCAAGUGUUCAAAGGUACAAGGAGAAAAGACGUAACCGCUUAUUUGCGAAAACCAUUCGUUAUGAAGUAAGAAAGCUCAAUGCCGAAAAACGCCCUCGUAUUAAGGGAAGGUUUGUGAAAAGCAAUUGAGCGAAUUUGACCUUUUAGAGCGUCGACAAUGGUUGGACUUUUUCACAAGAGCUUUUUCCAGAGAAGUGGGACCCACACGCAAAAAAAAAAAGCUCUUUCAGAGUUUGUGACUUCAAAAGCAAAAGUCGUAUUUUCUCUCAUGAGUUCUUUCACUUGCUUAGAUGGCUAAAGAAAAAACUCUAUUGGGACGCUCUAUUGUUUUUUAAGUACAAUUUAUUAAGAUGCCCUUUUGAACGGGUCCCGUGUUUUGAUCAAUGUACAUGUGUUUCUUGUAUUGAAAAAUUAAAUUAAUAAAUGUAAAAUCGUAAAAUUUUUAAUUUAACAAAAUG